AUGAAUUUGGAAACAGAAAAUGAAGGAAAAUCUCAAGUCAAAAGGGGUCAAGCUCAUGCCUUUGUUGUGAGAAAUGCUCUGAAAACGGAAAAUCAGUUUCCCAAAACCCUUCCACUGGCUGUGGCUGUGGGCUAUUCGUUUCCAAGGUUCCAAUGUCGACGAAGAAGCUCCACCACAACCGCUACCUCCCUGAAGAAAUUAUAGUCCAAAUAUUGUGCCGGUUGCCGAUGAAACCUCUGAUUCGAUUCAGUUCCGUUUCGAAACGGUGGCGUUAUCUCAUAAUUAAGGACCCACAGUUUGCCCAAUCCCACUUCAAGCUAGCCUCCGAUCGCAAAACCCUCACCCAGAGACUCCUCAUUUCCACCGACUAUCAAAUCCGAUCCUUGGACCCGGAAACGCCGUCGUUCGCAGACAACAAUUCUUCGCUCAAUAAUCUCACCUUCGCCCACUUUAGCAACCUAGUGGGCUGCUGUAAUGGUUUGGUAUGUGUAGAUGUUGAUGGUUAUGAAAAACAUGACUUGUCUCUCUGGAACCCAUCAACCGGAUUCAAACGCAAAUUGCCCGACUCAGAUUUUGCAUGUGCAGUGAAAAACGUGUCUCGUUUCGCUGAAUCUGAUAUUGGCCGUUCUGGCCUGGGUUAUGUGUCAUCCACUGACGACUACAAAAUCUUCAUAGAUGCUGAUGUUUAUUCUAAACCUCUCCAGACGUUUAUGGAGAUUUACUCAUCCAGAUUGAACUCUUGGAAACCCAUUCAAGUCCGUGAGCACGACCCACCGUGCUCUUUCAGAAGCCCCACCACCUCUAGCAUGGGGGCCCUUUUAAAUGAAGCACUGCAUUGGUUCUACCGCAAAGUCGGUGAGGAGGAGCCAACGAUCCUUGCUUUUGAUCUGGCAAAGGAGGAGUUCAGGGAAGUUCCAUUCCCCACUUUUGAUGGUGAUGCCGAUGACGUUGAUGUUCAUUACAUGGGGGUUCAAGUAGUUUCAAGAGGAGGAGGAGAAUGCCUCUGUGUUUCGAUUGCUAGGAGACGUGGUGGUGUUAAUUUCAUGGAAUUCUGGGUUAUGAGAGAAUAUGGGGUGCGUGAAUCUUGGACUAUGCUCUUCAAAUUUAACACGGAUCAUGUAUCUGAAGCGGUGGGUGGGAAUUUACACGGUUAUGAAGCCAUUUUCGUUACCGAAGGUGGUACAGUUGUAUUCAGGUUGAGGUUUAGGGACAGGUUGGUAAGGAUUGAAUGCCGCAGAGAAGCGGAGCCGGUUUGCAGUACCCCAUUUAACGUUAAUGAUGGGGAUGGACCUGUGUACAACGUGAUUGCAUACAAUGAAACUCUGUUUUCGGUACCUAAACUCGGGUUGCAUGAAAUGAAUGAAGCAGAUGUUUCUUAGUUGAAUUGCUGAUGCUGAGCUGCUGAGCUGCUGUCUGUCUUUGGCUUCGCUUUACUUACCCAGUCAAGAGUGGUUUGUUUGUAGGCUUGUGUUUUGUUUCUCCUUCAUGGAUUUGAAUUUGAAUUUGAGAACAUGCCAACCCCAACCCCAACCCCGUGUCAAGUGGACACUUUUGAUUUACAAUCAUACCAGCUUUCUUUUGUUUUAACUUUCAAUUGAAGGCAUGGUGUUUGCAAAUAUGAGAGUGGGAACUUUGAAUAAGGCUCAAGUUGUUAUACUUGUAGGAAAAACCAGACUUGUGCAAAGGCUGGUGGAUGGAGGAGGACAUAUUUGGAUAAAAUAGAAUGUGAUUGUUUUAGGAAGACUCUUUUCAUCUGUUGUGGUAUGGAUGGAGUUGAAAACUUGAAA